AAAUGACGUUCAUAGCAUUUCUUUUCUUGCUCUUCAAGUUCGUUCAAUUCAAACCUACUAGUAGCAGCGAGUUCGAUUAUUCCAUCUUUGCAUAUAUACAUACACACAAAAUUCGAAUUACCCCACGCGAAAAUGACAUUCAUCGUCGAAGAAGGCAAACAGGUUCACGAAGAAUGCUCGACUCUGAUUCUGCCGGCUCUGUCGAUUGGGAAUGUGGGCCAGCUGGCGGUGGAUCUGUUGAUUUCGUCGACAAGAGCGGAGAGAAUCGGUUAUUUGGAUGAUCCGAACGUUCUUUCCUGCGUCGGAAACGAUGCUUACUGGCCAACUCCUCAAGGCCAACUCGUUCUCCCUCUUGAAGCUUAUGCAUCUUCUUCUAAUUCAGUGACUCUUGUCCAACAAAGAUCCCCAGUUGUGAAGGGUGCGAUGGUAGAAUUUGCGAAGAAUAUGGCUAAUUUUGCUGCUGCGAGUGGGAAAAAGCACAUUAUUGUGCUUUCUAGCUUGGAUUUUGGACGUUGGCAAACAAUUGACAUGUCCAGUGGUCUGCAGAUAUAUUAUCUGUCCAGUGCCAAAGUGGAUGGAAGAGAUGAUGACUGUGAGAGACUUGGGUGGAAAAGACUUCUGGAAUAUAACCCUGCUCAGAGGCUUUGGAAUUAUCUUAGCACCUUGGCUGAAGGAAACGUUGAACCAGAUGAUAAUGUGCUUUUCGAAGAUGAACUGGGAGAUGAAGAUUACUACCCAAGUUUACCUUUUGCCUCACUGUUUUCUUGUUUUAAGGCCAAAGGUUUGAAGGUGACUUGCUUGUUUUGCUAUUGCUCAGAAGGGGACAAUAUACCAGAGGCCUUUCACCUUGCUGAGGCAGCAUGCAGGCUUCUGGAUUUGAGCCCUAAUAAUUUUUCCGUUUGUUCAGGCAAUCAAGGUGGGAAAUGGGUGGUACCAUAUUCAUGGCAGACAGUGUACGGACCUCCCCCUGAUACGUCUCUCUUUUAGGCGGCGGCUGCUGCUGCCGCCGGUGGAGCUGGACUGGAAUUGCGAGUCCCUCUUUGGAGUUGGAGGAGAUAAUGGACAAAAGUUGAUAUCAGAACCAAUCAAUCGCUGGAGUCCUGUAAACCCGUGUUGGAUGUACAUUAAUGGUGAAACCAUGUUAACAAUAAUAAUUUCUCGAGUUAAACAAAUGCUACAAUUCCCAUUUUAUGUUUUCAUAACAUGCUAUGCUAGUUGUAGAAAAUGGUUAGGUUGUACAACUACCUUAUACUAGUUAGUGAAGGACCCUUCUACACGGCCUCACUGAGAGGUUUAUCGACGCAAAGAUUAUAAAAAUGCCCUCACUUAAAUUAUAAAUUUAUUUUCUCUAUCCCUGCCUCCUCUCUCCCCUUUCAUGGCCAUCUCUAACAAGCGUUGACCGUUGUUGCAUUGCCUUGUCGCCUUCACUCUCUUUGCUAUUGAUCGUCGUCUUGCAAUGGCAGUCAAUGAGGUGAUGUAGUAGCGGUCGAGAUUUAUUGGAGGUGAUCAUGAAAAGGGGGAGAGAGGAGAUAGGGAUAGGGAAAACAAAUUUAUAAUUUAAGUGAAAUAUUUUUGUCA